AUGGUUUCAGCGAUUUCUUCGGUCUUUCUUCUUACUACUUCUAUCAUUCUCAUUUCAUCAACAAAUGCAGUAAACCCUCCUGGUAAUUACACAUUACCAAUAGCAUCUCCAACGCUGUGUUUUGCUGCUCGAUUUGAUCUCACGCUUAAUAUUGAAUAUUUAAAAUUAGAUGGAAAAACAAAUAUUUCAAGAAUUCCAUUGAAUAAUGAAACGUUUCAAUAUUACAAUGGAGACUGUUCAAAAACUAAUAGUCACCAACUCACAAUUGGAAUGCUAGAUAAUUUAACAUCAAUCACAUUUAAUUUCGAUCUUAACGAAAAAAAUCAAACAUCAUUAAAACAAGUUUCUGUUUCUCUAACUAUUAAAAAUAACGAUUAUUUUCCAAACUGUUCUGACAAUAUCGAAGGUCCAUCCGUAUUUUUAGCCAACGAGUCAUUAUUCAUUACGGAUCUUAGUAAUUCAUAUCGAUGUUAUUCAAAAAUAAAAAUUGACAAUUUCCAAAGUAAAGGCAAUGUUACAAUCAAAUCUGUCGAUAUCGAGAAUUUACGUAUUCAACCGUUUGUCGAUGAAAAAAUUACAUUUAAUGAUUAUGCUAAAGAAAAAGUUUGUACAAUGGAUAUAUUUAAAAGUUCAACAUUAAUUCCAAUCAUUGUUGGUGUAUGUCUCGCAGUGUUAGUCGUUGCUGUACUUGCUGUAUAUCUUAUUCGUCGUCGACGUUAUCGUAAUGGAUAUCAAAGUGUUUAA